CCGUCCACCGUCCACCGUCCACCGUCCAUCCAUUCACAGUCACUGCAAUUCCUUCUUCCUGCUCUCUAGAUUCUGUUCCUCCGACAGCUGCUGAGGCCCAGUACCACGCUGCCACACGCACACACACACACAAACUAUUGCCGUCCCUCUGCUCCCCUCCUCACCUCCUCACUUCACACCACUUCUCCCUCCCACAUACCACGACCAACGUCGCAUACUCAACACCGUCCAAUUCACCACCCCUCGACCAUGUAGGAGUCUCGCCAUUCACUUUCCCUCCGCCCCCGAUUGCUCUCCCAAACUUCACACGCUCACCGACCGCCAACUACCGCCCACACAUUCAACUCGACUCACGUUUCCUCCACACCAUGGACUCGCAGUCGCCAAACCCGCCCUACGCCGUCCCUCCGCCCUUCUCCCCUCCGCUCUCCGCCCACCGUUCCUCCGCCGAUUCUCAUAAACCUGCCUCCAUCGACGUUGACAUGAUGAGAUCCGACGAUCGCUCCACGAGGGCGGGCAGCGUGCUCUCUGGCAUGUCCAUCGAGGACAUGGAGGCCGCCGAGACCCUGAACAAUCUAUCGCAGAAAUACCAUUCCCCCAGACAACCCCAUCAGCAUCAACCUCCGACUCUAGUCCAGUCUCACACCAGCUUCGACUCCGACCAACCGGAACCCCUCCUCAGACUCUUUACAAGUCAAUAUCCUUGGACACGCCCUCUGAUUAACGGCUCUCUUUCGGCUUAUAAAACUACACAGUCUUACAUUCCGGGUGCAGAAUGGACCGAGAGGAAUGUGGGCUUGCCAAUCGCAGGAACGGUGGCCAGAAUAUCGGGUGUUGAAGGUGGUCUACGCUGGGCGCUGCAACCAAAGCGCGACGAGAGAUCUUCGAAUAAACCCUCCGACGUUGAGAAGGGCUUCUCUGACGUCUCCUCGGCUGGCACCAACCGACCGACUUCCGAGGCAGGUUACCCCGACCCUCUACCCGCCUACAACCCUGGCGACCGCUCACCACCCUACACGGAACAGCAAGUCCUCCUGAAAGGCCGUGAUGAUCGUCAGCCGCCGCCUGGCUGGCGCCAACAACUCAUGGUCUCCACAAGCGGCCUGGGAAUUGCCAUGAGUGAAGAAUCCAUUCGAAGCCUACGGUACUGUCUCAGUUGGUUGCGCUGGGCUAACGGCCGACUUGGAGAGGCCAUCCAGAAUCUAAAAAAUCUGCUCGAGCGGUGGGAUGAAGGGGUUACUCCGGGCGAACAGCCGCCCACCAUGUCCGUGGCGAACAUGACUCAAACUCAAGAAGAGAGGAGGCAAGCUGCUCUGUCAGCGCGUAUCGCAGCACUAAAGGCAGAUGUGCUACAAACGCUCAAGCACGUGGUGGGAAUCGUCUCGAAUUACGCGGGCGGCGCAUUGCCCCAGAACGCCCGAGAUCUGGUGCACAGACAUCUAAUCAGUCUCCCUCAACGGUUUAGCCUGGCGAACAGGGCUGGCGGGGAAGAGGACUCGGCCGAUGGCACCGGGGCAGGGGCUUCUGAAGCGGUCAAGAGUGGAAAGAGAGUCAUGGUUUUGGCCCAAGAGGGCUUAGAUAUGAUGACUCAAGUCAGUCGGGUCGUCAACGAUACCCUUGUCAGUGCAGAGGGAUGGUGUGAGAAGUUGGGCAAAAGAGUCGAUCGACAGGAGCAGCAACCCUUGCGGCAGGCACUGCUGGAUGAGAAGAUGGAGACAGAUGACGGCGAGGGCGGCGCAAGGAGCGAGAGAAUGAGGAGCGAAACGAUCGCACCGAGCGAAGGUGGGAGGGAAAUCGAGGAUGUGAAGAUGACCAUGUAACAACAGACGCACAAAAGGUGAGUCGGAUAUGUUCCUGUGAUGGGGGCGUAUACCGUCCGCUUCUCGAUCUUGUGGCACAAUAUUGAUGUAAGCAAUAUUUCUGGUUGGAUACGAUGCUUGCGAUUUUGCAGGCUUCGGGAGAAAAGCGAGGCACAACAAGUGAUGCUGUUAAAAUACUGGCAAAAAUCGGACAGGCUGAGACCCUACCUGUUCACCUUGUUGGAGGAAGGAAGACCUUGAGUGUGUCUCAAAAGAUCCGGCAAUGAUUAGACGAGCCACGAGUUACGGCAUAAAGCAGGACAAGAGAGAAGCUCUUGACUAUCACAUUUGGAGCAGCACGCCCAAGUGGAAGCACAGUGUCCGACUAAAGGAUGACAGUUCGCUCGGGUUGUAGUAUAAGCCAAGAACUUCCAAUAGCAAGAGACAGGAGCGAGAGAACCAUUCAAGGAAUAUACUCAUACACAAAGA